AUGGACGCCACCAACGCCGCGGCUGCGAGGCGCCUCCUCCUCCCGCUCCGCGCCCUGCCGCCGGCGCCGCCGCGGGGCGCGGCGGUCUCCGCGCACCCCCGGCGGCGAUACUGGCCGAGGAGGCGAGUCCGUGUCGCCCCGGCGCGCGCGUCGCUGGACAGCGCCGCGGUCCUGCUCGACGCCGCGGCCGCGGUGGCCGCCGGCGGGACAGGUUACUCGCAGGCGAGCUAUUACACGUCGCUGGGGCUCUUCGUUCUCUCCGUGCCGGGGCUGUGGUCCCUCAUCAAGCGCUCCGUCAAGUCCAAGAUUGUGCAAAAGACAUUUAUCAAAGAAGAAGGGCAGUCGAUGGCGCCAAAGCAGGUGGCUGGAGAGAUCCUGUCGUUCUUCACCCGCAACAAUUUCACCGUCUCAGACCGUGGGGAGGUCAUCACAUUUGAGGGCACAAUGAUACCAAGCAGAGGCCAGGCGGCGCUGCUAACCUUCUGCACCUGCAUUAGCCUUGGGAGUGUUGGGCUCGUUCUAUCAAUCGCUGUCCCAGAAGGUGGCAACAACUGGUUCUGGCUUAUGACCCUAAGCCCCUUGGCGGGAGUGUACUACUGGACAAAAGCGUCAAGGAAGGAAGAGAUCAAGGUCAAGAUGAUCCUAUCUGAUGAUGGGAACGUAUCCGAGAUCCUUGUGCAGGGUGAUGACGUCCAAGUUGAGCAGAUGAGGAAGGAGCUCAAGUUCAGCGAGAAGGGGAUGAUAUAUGUGAAGGGCAUCUUUGAGACAUGA